AUGCAUUUAGAAGCCUCCGCUGUUCUUCUUUUCAUUCUUCUCACUGGAGGGUUUUCUCUGAUCUGUUAUGACUGCUGGGAUCAGCACGAAGGUCCUUGUGAAGAACAGAUACCAUGUGAUGCUGUAAAUAACAUGUGUACAAGUAGAAGACAAGUAGAAUACUAUGGUGACACAGUGACUGAGACCAAUGUUACAAGAUGUGCAUUGCCAGAUGAAUGUGAAUCCUGGUCCUUUAACACAGGCUACGAGAGGAGAUCACAUUCUAUCCAGUGCUGUCACGAAGACCUCUGCAAUAAACAAGUUGGCCCAGAUUUGUACUCUGAUGAGAAUGGCAAGCAAUGUUUCACUUGUCAUGAGGAGGACUGCUCAAACACAGUCAGUUGUCGGGGGAAUGAAGACUACUGCUUUACUGACAAUGAAUAUCAAAAGCACUCUCCCUAUCAGCCACAGAUUGUGAAAGGAUGUGCCUCUAAAUACAUCUGUGAUGAUGAUGCACCGGUAUGGUUAUUACCUGGUGUAAACAUCACAUGUUGUUCAGGGGAUCUGUGUAAUGGUGUUAAGAGUGUCACUCAGAGCUUCCUGUUCCUCUGCUGUUCUCUGCUCUCCUUCAUCCUGCUGCACUGA